AUGCAGCUCUCCUUCUCUUUCGCCGCUCUCAUGGCCCUAGGCGGCCAAGCACUCGCCCAAUCCGCAACUGGAAACUAUCUCAUCGAAGAAAGCGGCUAUGCCCUGACGAUAAAUGAGACCCAGGCGAUCUUUGCCUUAAUCACCGGCGCAGAUAAUCAGAUCUGGGGCUUCAACAGCGUCGGCCCCAGUACUGUCGUUAUCCAAAAUCAGGAGUCGGGAGAUUACCUUAACUGUGAUGAAAGCGGAUCUCCCUGCAGCACUUCCGGCAGCCCUCAGGUUUUUGAGCCAAUCAAGCGGGGCCAGGACUUAUACCAGAUUGCAGAUGAGUCGGGUGACUUCUUUCUUGCUGAGUCGUCUGAUAGGACGGUUCAUUUGGUUGAGGAAGUGCAGCCUGAUGAGAAGACCCUAUUCACGCUGACACGGCCUCCUACUGAGUGUGAGUUAUAG